GCUCCGGUCGCAGGAGGUUGAUGUCAGUCUUCAGGACAGGACUCAACUAGGCAGAGCUGGUUGGAGAAAACACUGAAGAUCCACUGAGAGGACGAAGGGAAGGAAAAACAGAAAAAGUGGGCGAUGUUGCAGCUAGGAUCUAGUUUGUGGACAUUGUGGGAAGACUGUUGAUACAGUCCGGACUGCUUUUUGUACCCUAAAGCUGAGCUAAAAGACUCAUCGCCGCAGUAUUUCUUCCUUUUUUUUUUUCUUCUUUUAUAUAUAUAUAUACUAGAUCACUUCUGGAAAAAGGAAUACUAAAAUGUCGUCUCCAAGUCCGGGCAAGAGGCGAAUGGAUACCGACGUGGUGAAACUCAUUGAGAGCAAGCACGAGGUCACCAUCCUCAGUGGACUCAACGAGUUUGUGGUCAAGUUCCAUGGACCGCCUGGAACGGCGUAUGAGGGAGGUGUGUGGAAGGUCAGAGUGGACCUACCAGAUAAAUACCCCUUCAAAUCACCAUCAAUAGGAUUCAUGAAUAAAAUCUUUCAUCCCAACAUUGAUGAAGCGUCAGGAACUGUGUGUUUAGAUGUCAUUAACCAGACAUGGACGGCUCUCUACGACCUCACCAACAUCUUUGAGUCGUUCCUCCCUCAGCUGCUCGCCUACCCCAACCCCAUCGAUCCUCUGAACGGGGACGCAGCUGCCAUGUACCUGCACCGGCCGGAGGAUUAUAAACACAAGAUCAAAGAGUACAUCCAAAGGUACGCCACAGAGGAGGCUCUAAAGGAGCAGGAAGAGGGAGGGGGCGACUCCUCUUCAGAGAGCUCCAUGUCAGACUUUUCGGAGGACGAGGCUCAGGACAUGGAGUUAUAGUGAAAGGGGGGAGAUCCUGUCCCCUUCACCUCACAACAGACUGUCGUUUCCUAAAGAGCAGAAACUCAGUACUAUAUUCAUAUUUAAACGAGACAAUUUUUUACAGCGACACAAGGAUUUUUAUUGCUACACAAGGAUUUGCAGUAUGAUAUUGCAGAAUAUUAACCCUUAUUUAGGAAUUCAUGACCCACCUGCCCCCCUUUGCCCUCCUCUUCACCCCCCCCAGAGAGCCUGUUUAGAUCAGAAAGGAGUGCAUCAUUCAUUUCCAUGAUCUUUAGCGUGGCUUCAGUCAAAGCCUUUCACAGCGCUCGACCAAGUCCAGCUGUGAGACCAGCACAGGAGGCCAGAGGACUGACAUCCACACAAGUUUCCUAUUUAGUUCCACAAGCCAGACCUCACCACACCUCGAGUCGUAACACGCUCAAUCGUUUUCUUUCUUUCUUUAUUUGACAUCUCACUGCAUCAUCGGACAUAUUUGCCCCACAGAAAGAGGACUGCAGGAUGACAAUCCACUAUUUCUGAGUGAUCUCAACUUCAAAAGAGUGGAUUCCCAUUUUCCUUCAACCUGUCACCUUUGAUUUGACACCCCCCCUCGAGGAGUCGCCAUUACAAUCAUCACCUACGAGGAGCUGAAGACCCAGAGGACAACAGUGCGUUCGUGUGUUCAUCGUGUACAGACUCUUGACGGGACCGGCCUUUGUGCGAACCUGCUGACACAUCACACACUAUCAAACAACCAACGCAUUAACCAUGACAACGCCGCAGUGUCUGUGUGUGUGUGUGUGUGAAUGUAAUCCCGGGAGAAUCAUGGCGUAUUGAUAACCUUUGUUGUACUGACCCGUGAUGCUCAGCAGAAAUCAGGAGAGAAGGUUCAUAAUCCUGAUUCUUCUCCUUCACCCAUCCUCCUCCUCCUCCUCCUCCUCUCCGUUUUAGGAAAGUGUUUGUCAUUCUCUGAGUAUCUUUGUAUAUUGUGGCAUGACACAGAAGUAAAUUUGUGUAGGGUUUCGUGGAGCUGUAACGCUGUAGAUGUGGGGAGGACGCCUGUGAGCCGGGCGGGGUUCGGUGGGGUUUAUCCAGGUCCUUGUUGAAUUAUUGAACUUCUUAACUUUGCCUAUUGCUUGUGUUGAACUAUAAUAGGUGUUUGACUUGCGUAGGGAUAGUUAGUUUUUUUUUUUUUUUGCGGGUGGUGAAUCCUAUCAUAAUAUAUGGUUUAAUACUUAUAUAACACACUAGUUUAAAGAGUAACUGUCCUGUAAAGAUGAGGAGAAUUAAUACAUCUUUGUCUGUGGGAUGACUCUUUUUGUUUGAAUCAAAUCCUCUGAAGACAUGUUGCACCCCUGCUCCCUUGCACCCCCCUUCUUAUAUGCAAAUGUGUCCAUAAAAGAUAAGUUACAUUGUCAGACAGAAGUGCUCUUUUGUUUCAGCCAUUCAACACAUUUACUUCUUUUUUCAUGCUGUUGAUGGCCUGUUAUUUUUCCAAAUAAAAUGGUGGGACCAAAAUCUUAACAGAUCUACACGCUUAGUUUGGAGCUCAAAAGUUCAAACUUAAGUUCAGGAACAGGUUUCUUCUCCUUCAGAGGACAUUUUAAAAAAAUGCUUUUGUCCUGGUUUACACCUGGAAAGAUUCAUGUACCUGUUGGCGUCUGUGGAGGAGGCGUUACCACAGCAGUGACAGUUUACUGUUAAAUUUAAUGAUGGUACACUGGUCUGUGAUUUAGUGCAGAUACACGUCUAUAAGAGGCUCUCACCGCAUCGCAGAUCAGUUUGUAUUAUGUGUUACUUCUGGAGGGAAACACAAAUUAGAAUAUUUGCUUUAUCACCAUCAAAAUGGGCUGUUUCUUCUUUGUUUGGAGGAAAAAUAGAUUAUAAACUUUUAUUAAUAAUCCCUUUAUGAUUAAAAGAAAAACAAAACAAUAUCAGGAUCUCUCUUCUGUGGUGUUUUGCAAGAGUUUACCUUCGUUUGAGAAUUAACAUAGGCUGGUAAAACUAGCAUGUCACAGCUUUUUGGCAUUAAAUAAAAACAACGUAUUUGUUAAAUAACCUAGUUAAAUGGCUCUAAUUAGCCUCUGUAACCAAAUUUAUGUUGGUGUAGGUCUUAGGACUACAUGAUGUCACAGUCAGUUGUCAUUUGCAACACAAAACCAACCACUGUCCAGCCUUGUUGUUUGUCAUUAUCUGGAUUCAGUGUAUUAUGUAUUUUUUAUUAAUGAGACACAUAUAUUUGAUGCCUAUAAUUUGUUUGAAUGUUUUAUUUUUGUCUUUUAAGCCCUACGUUCAGGAUACAAGUCCAGAAAUCUGAUUUUUUUAAAAGCAAAAAAUGAAUAAAUGUGCUUCCCUUGUAACUUGAAGAAAGAAAUAAACAACAAAAAAUAUA